AUGACCGACGCCGAUCAGGGCUUCUCUGAUGGCCAGGACUGCCACGAAGGUGCUUCUCGGGGCUGUUGUAACGAUCCUGUUGAUUGCGAUGCCUGUUGGGAGACCGUGACGAACGAUGUCGAUCAGGGCUUCUCCAAUAGCUGGGGCUGUCACGUCACAAGCGGCGUUCUGGGCUCCUUGAUGCCCGAUGACGACAUGGACUGUCACACCACAAAAUCCUGGAAGACGUUUUUCACCAUGGUCCACUGGUCCUUGCGAAGACGCAGCUCCUGGGUGCAGCUGGCCGGACACGAAGGGAACUUCAAACCCAGCGAAGGGGGCCUGAUCCUGAAGAAGUUCAGCGCUGUGGAGGAGGCGUGUCUGUCUGAGCUGAUGACGGACGUCCUGCGCCCUUUUGUGCCUGCCUACCAUGGGGUGGCAGAGGUGGGCGAAGAGCGCUACAUCCAGAUGGACGAUCUUCUCCUCGGACUCCAGAAUCCCAGCAUCAUGGACUGCAAGAUGGGCACCAGAACGUACUUGGAGGACGAAGUGGGCAAGAGUCAUCCCCGGUCAGCCCCCCGGCGAGACCUCUACCAGAAGAUGGUGAAGAUUGACCCCUGGGCCCCCACGCCGGAGGAGCACAGCCAAGGGGCCAUCACCAAGCCCCGUUACAUGCAGUGGAGGGAAAGUACCAGCUCCAGCACGUCUCUGGGGUUCCGGAUUGAGGGGGUGACGAUCGAGGGGGGAGCUGUGCAACGGGAUUUCAAGCAGACACGGAGCCAGGAUCAAAUUAUGGAGAUCUUUUUGCAAUUUGUGAAGAAUCGUGUGGAUGUGCUGGUGAGUUCUUGA